GGGAGAAGUUGUGGAACGAGAAAUUUGAGGGUUGUGUGCGGAGUCUGAAAAGAAGAGAAGUCCACGAGUAGCAGUUCCCAUUACUUUGAUAAAUAAAACCAAACUCUCACAAAAAACACACAGCAAAGUUUUCAGAAUGGUGAAAGUGUCCUUUAAUUCGGCUUUGGGACAGAAAGACGUGAAGAAAGAAGAGGAAAAGAGCGAAGUUCUUAUUCCUGAGUACACGGACGUGGAGGAUGGCGUGCGGGUGCGGCAGCAGUCCAGGGCCUGGUGCUGGUGCAUGUGCCUGGGCCUGGCGAUAAUGCUGUCAGGUGUGGUCGUGGGAGGGGCCUACCUGUACAGGUAUCUGAUGCUCCAGGAGGGAAUGGUGUUCCGGUGCGGGGUGGGGUACUACGAGGAGGACUACAUGAUCCAGGACGAGGAGGUGGAGCUGGACCUGUCCUCCCAGCUGCGGCAGCUGGAGGAGAGCAUCCGCGUGCUGGAGGACGAGGAGGUGGAGCUCAUCAGCGUGCCCGUGCCCGAGUUCGCCGACAGCGACCCCGCCGACAUCGUGCACGACUUCGCCCGGAAACUAACCGCAUACCUGGAUCUCAGCCUGAACAAGUGCUACGUCAUCCCCCUCAACACCUCCAUCGUCAUGCCCCCCAAGGACUUCGUGGAGCUGCUUGUCAACAUCAGGGCUGGGACUUACCUGCCCCAGUCCUACCUGGUCCAUGAGCAGAUGAUGGUGACUGAGAGGGUGGACAACGUGGAUCAGCUGGGAUACUUCAUCUACAGCCUGUGCCGUGGCAAGGAUACGUACAGACUGCAGCGCAGAGACACUAUCCUGGGUAUGCAGAAACGUGAAGCACUGAACUGCCACAAGAUCCGCCACUUUGAGAACAAUUUUGUGGUGGAAACCCAGAUCUGUGAGCCCUAGAGUCCCCUGCAGGGGGCAGCACUUUAACUUCACCUGUGUGCAGUGAACCAUCUUUUUUUGAAACGUGUUUUUUAUUUGUUAAUUGUAUUCUUUUUGUUCUGAAUGUUGUUGAUGUCCUUAUUUUUGUAAUGUACUGCAGGUAGCUUACGCGAGGGCUGUCACAUCAAGUUGUCACAGUAUCUCCAAGCAAUAUAAACAGUCAGUCGGAAGGCUACUAAAUGUCUCUCUUUUUUUUUUUUUUUUUUUUUUUUUUAAAUAUAUA